AAAUGUUAGAAUUAAAUACUACUAUGAAAAAACAGACAAAAUAGUUCGUGCAGUCAGAAGUUAGAUGAAGGCAUUUCUUGCAAGCAAUAAAUGAGUGAAAAAAUUCAGCUGAAAAGGGAGGGAAGAAAGAGUGAGCAUUUGCAAGAAGUAGCUAGACUUAUUCUUCAAUGUGUACCUUAAUGAUUUAUUUCUUCAUAUUAUUGGGAGUUGUUUCUUACACAACUAAGGCUAGUUUGGCAACAAUAGAGCUUCCACCAAAUGUUUCAUUUCCAGCAGUAUUUGUGUUUGGAGAUUCAAUCAUGGAUACGGGCAACAACAAUAAUAACAUGAAAACAUAUGCUAGGUGCAAUUUUCUUCCAUAUGGUAAAGAUUUCAAUGGAGGCAUCCCUACUGGUCGGUUUUGCAAUGGAAAAGUUCCAUCAGACUAUAUAGUUGAAGCAUUGGGCAUUAAGGAAUUUCUGCCGGCGUAUUUGGAUCCAAAUAUCCAACCUAGCGAUCUCGUCACGGGUGUUUGCUUUGCAUCCGGUGGUUCUGGGUAUGAUCCACUCACAUCCAAAAGUGCGUCAGCUAUAUCGUUGUCCGGUCAAAUAAUUUUGUUCAAAGAAUACAUAGGAAAGCUAAAAGGAAUUGUUGGAGAGGGUAGAAAAAAUUUCAUCCUAGCCAACAGUGUUUUCCUUGUGGUUCAAGGAAGUAACGACAUUUCCAAUACAUAUUUUUUGAGUCAUCUCAGAGAACUACAAUAUGAUGUUCCUUCUUACACUGACCUCAUGCUCGCCUCUGCUUCCAAUUUCUUAAAGGAAAUAUAUCAACUGGGUGCAAGGAGGAUAGGAGUAUUAAGCAUUCCCCCAAUUGGGUGUGUGCCAUUUCAGAGAACGGUUGUUGGAGGAAUUGAGAGAAAAUGUGCAGAAAAAAUCAACGACGCAUGCAAGUUAUUCAACACUAAAUUAUCAAAGGAGUUGUCUUCUCUUAACCGGAACUUGCCCAAUACAAGGAUGGUUUACCUUGAUGUUUAUUAUCCUCUUCUUGACAUCAUUCUAAAUUACCAAAAUUAUGGUUAUAAAGUCGUUGACAAAGGAUGUUGUGGCACAGGAGCAGUAGAGGUAGCAGUGUUAUGCAACCAAUUUGCUACCCAAUGUGAAGAUGUUAGGGACUACGUUUUCUGGGACAGUUUUCAUCCCUCAGAGAGUGUUUACAGCAAGCUCUUAAAUCCUCUUCUUCGAAAAUAUAUACACCAGUUCUUCUAGUUUCCUUUUGGUUAGUUUUAUAUAAACAACUUAAUUACAUGUAGGACUUACCGAUUUCUUCCAAAACAAAUUUAUUUGUUUUUAAAAUUUCUUUCAAAAGUGUAUGGUUGAUGAGGUACAUUAAAUAAAUUAUUUUGUGUUUUAAGGGGAUAUCAUCUA